ACGAAUAUGCUGUACGACCUAGGACACCUUUGCCUGGCGCCAUGAUUCCUUUGGCUCUGGCACGCCUCGUCGGCGUGGAGCGACACUGCAGAGAGCUCCUCCGCGUACCACCCAGCUUGCGAGCUAAGACAUGCCUGUCUGUAGUUACUGUCACGGAAGGAGACGUGGGCGGCGGCAUUCUGUCUGUACCGGCCCGCCACCAAUGGGUACGUGUUGGCUUUAGUUGUCCGUCCCGGGCAUCGUCGCCGUUUGGCUUCCCCUCGUGACACCGCCGAAGGAUGCCUAUGCCCUACUCUUCGUUUCAUAGCCGUCGCCAUGAGUAGUGUCGGGGACUUUUGGCACUCCUCGAACGCCAGUUUAAAGCCUCAGUCGAUUUUUUUUAUUAAAACACGGACGCUAUGUAUCGCGGAAGGACUCCAGGCCCCUCGAGAGGGUUGUCGAGCGGUCGUGCUCGAGCACGGGGUUCCUCUGCGGGACGAGCCAGAGCCGCUGCCUGGCGUCGGAGAAGGGACAGAGUCCCCGAACAGCCAGCGCCAGAACUGCCAUUCGGCCGCCUCGUAACCAAGAUCGAAUUAGACCGUAUAUCCGGCGGAAGCAUCCCGGUGGAAGACGCAAAGAUCACAGACUGCAGAUACGCGGCGUCUUACUCACUGGUCGAUUCGAAGCCGCCCGUCAUCAUCAUCCCCGUCUGGAGUCCGCCUCCGUUGCCUUCCCAGCUUGCUGGCGACAAUGGGGAGUACCUGCGGGACCAUAAUGGAGCUCGAUUUCCCGAGCAUCCCAUGCUACCUACUGUCCAAUCUAUCUUUUCUCUCGACAAAAGGUUCGAUCCGUCAAGCGUCGACAUCGUGGGAUGUGCCAGCGCACUAGGUGAUAUCCUCCGCUUCGUUCGCUCGGUCGAGUCAACGUUCCGAUUCGACGUUGAAAUGAUUGAAAACACACUGUUUCUUGAAACCAAGUCCCAUCAGCGCAUCAUCUCGUAUUCCUUCGGGGGUCUACAGUGCCUCGUCCGCUUUGAGUGUGAUGCACAUUCCAUGAGUGCUCCCGGCGAUGUCGCUACUAUUGCCAACAGACCAGAGGGCCCGGAUGUCGCAGUUCCCCCCAUACCCAAUUCAGUUGCCGUCAAGGUCGCGGGAACAGUCGUGCCUCAAGAGUCAGUCAUCGAAAUUAAGACAAAGUCGCAAGCGGGGAGACCCGUUGAGAUGGAGGAGCACUUGCCCAGAUUGUGGAUACGGCAGAUCCCCAACCUCGUCGCCGCCUACCACGAUCGAGGAAAUUUUGAAGAGGUCCAAAUGAACGUCAUUCGACAGGACAUCCUCGACUGGGAAACUAGUCAUGAGCUCGAACUUCGCAAAUUUGCUUCGGUCCUGCACCAACUCAUUAUCGAGGUUCAGCGGGAGGGUCACCUAAAUCUCGAGCUCUGCCGAACCGGCACAGGCCCUCUAGAGCUAAGAGAACAGCACGGAAAGGCUCGGGAAGCACUUCCGGGCGAUUGGAAGGACAGGUGGAGCGGCAACCUCUACCAGGAGCAACAAAGUGACGAGGGGCCUUUGCGUGACAGUAACUCUGACGACGACUACCCGCACCCUGCCAAGAGCUACGAAUCAGACGACUCGGAUGAUAGCUUCACGCGGGAUUACACGGCCUGUAGCCUCGAGUGCGGAUACUGUGGCCGUUGUGAGUAUUGAGCCGGGGGGGAUAAGAAAGGAGGAGAAAGAGGAGAAGAGAGAGGAGGGAGGGGUACCGUGCGAAUCCAACAGUAACACCCACCCCAUGCGACCCCCCGAGGCUGUGUUGGGAUGGCCGUCUGGUACUCAUUCCUGCAUGCAUGGCCUGUCUCGGCCUCUAUUCUGCCUAGAAACCUCCCGUAUCAGUCAGUUAGAAACAAUAUGGGCGUGGCGUUUGCAGAUUGGCCAGUGGACUUGUCG